GUAAUCAUUCGAGGAGUAUCAGUAAACUUAUGGUACUAAAGGUGGGAUACUAAAGAGAAGGAUGCAUACAGAACUGAGACCGAGACUUUCUCAAACCAGCCAGAUAGGAGACCGGUACAACCCAGGAGCUGCAUCUCACCCAGAUAGCGACCGGUACAACCCGGGAUCUGCAUCUCACCCAGAUAGGGACCGGUACAACCCGGGAUCUGCAUCUCACCCAGACAGGGACCGGUACAACCCAGGAUCUGCAUCUCACCCAGAUAGGGACCGGUACAACCCGGGAUCUGCAUCUCACCCAGACAGGGACCGGUACAACCCAGGAUCUGCAUCUCACCCAGAUAGGGACCGGUACAACCCGGGAUCUGCAUCUCACCCAGACAGGGACCGGUACAACCCAGGAUCUGCAUCUCACCCAGAUAGGGACCGGUACAACCCGGGAUCUGCAUCUCACCCAGAUAGGGACCGGUACAACCCGGGAUCUGCAUCUCACCCAGACAGGGACCGGUACAACCAAGGAUCUGCAUCUCACCCACAUAGGGACCGGUACAACCCAGGAUCUGCAUCUCACCCAGACAGGGACCGGUACAACCCAGGAUCUGCAUCUCACCCAGAUAGGGACCGGUACAACCCGGGAUAUGCAUCCCACCCAGAUAAGGACCGGUACAACCCAGGAGGAUCUGCAUCCCUCCCAGAUAGGGACCGGUACAACUCGGGAUCUGCAGCAUGUAGCCAACUCGCCCUCCCGCCAUCAUUCAGGUAUCCUGCACACCAACACAUGCCUCCACGAUGUCACGCCCAUCAACAUGCCAAGUUUUCUCUUAGAGAAGUAACAGGUGGGGCUGGUCCUGCCACACACCCACACCCACGGACACGCCCAACAGAUGCACACGAGGUGGAUCGGGGCACCGAGUCGCCAUCUCACUUCAAGCAACACGGCGAUGGCUCUCAACUGUACACGUCAAGUGUAAAAUCCCAAACAGUGCUAAAUAAUACAGCUGGCAUGUACCACCAGUCCCCCUUAUGGAGAGGACAAUCCAGAGAACCUCAACGGUCUCACUCAAUGUACGGUUGCAGAUCAUCAAGACACAAUCAAAGUUCCUCGCUGACCAACCGUUCCAGCAGACAACCACCAUUGUCAAGGUCGAAUUCUCCUGUAUCAUCACAUCAACAGCCCGCACGCUGUGCCUAUAUAUCCCCAAUAAAGCACGGUCUUUCCCAAGCCGCGCCAAAUAAAUACCCUGACAUAUCACCUGUUUCCAAUAAAAUACUCUGUAACAGCCAUAGCCCACCUUCACCCCACUGUGAUAGGAUCAACCUACACACAACGUAUGCCAUACCAUGUAGGCCCCCACCUACCCAAUAUUCACACAUCCAGACAAGCUCCCCAUGGCUACCCCAGUGUCGUCACACACUGUCGUCACGAUUCGAUCUCCCUCUCCGCCAAAAUAUGUCCCCUCCCGAACACAGGAUUCCACCGCGCCUGAAUAUAACACCCCGCGAGCCUGGUGCGGCAACUUCCCUGUAUACUUUCAAACCAUUCCUGGAUGAACCAUCGACCCGACCCAGCCCCAAACAACAUCCUUGUACAUCACCCUCCCGACUCUCAAGUCUCUCUGCGUGCGCUGAGGUAUCGCCCCCUCAGUCAAGGUUCCCUCGGUUCUCAAGGUCAUCCCCGUCACGUCAUUGUCUUCCUACUCAUCCAUUGAAUGGACCACCAUUACGCCCCGAGCUUUCCCCGGGCCCGACUGCUCCCCGGUCUGUGCUGGCUCCAUGUCCCAAGCGCUGCUUCACUAACCACUAUGGCUACCUCGACUAUUGCCCUGUACCCGACCUGCCGAGCUACACGCCUAACUCACUGUGGUGGGAGGAACAAGCUGCUCUGACGUUACGUCGAUCUCAAGCCGAGAGGAGACACAGUCGGCCCACGACCACAUUGCCAGAGACAGGAUCUCGACCCGACCGUGACAUCCGAACCGGAUCUAGUCCCUGUCCAGCCGACGUCUUCUGCGUGCACAUGGGUAAGCGUGGCGGUGACGCGCUGCGAGAAGUCGACUGCUCUAAGAGGAUGAAGCUCACACAGAAAUCGGCCCCACCUUCAUUGCUGAACCAACGGCGGAUCAAGGUGCUCAAUAAAGCGCUAGGGUUGGCAAGAAGGUCGCCAAAAAAACCCAGCCAGGCAGUCAAAUGUUCCAAGAACUGAAACACGUGCCUGUGAAAUCGUCAGCAAUAAACUGGAAAGUAUGCCUCCGGACUGCUAAAGAAGACGUGGCGACAUGUACAUAGAAUGUUUCUGAGUACUGCAUGUCACUGCUCCCGAUGACUGCGACCAUAGACGUGUACAUAGAAUGUGCCUGAGUACUGAAUGUCACUGCUCCCGGCGGCUGCGCCCACAGACGAGUUUCUUUGUCGUCUUUUGAGUAUUAGAGUAUUAUUGUUUAUGAAUAUAUAUAUAUGGAAUGCAAGGUUCCAAGAUAUUCUUA